AAAAGAGUAAAGUAAUGGGCCGGGGGAAAAUGACAAAUUGAGAAGAUACUCCGUAUAAAGUGUGAAACUAAUAGAUGAAGUGAACCUAGUUUUGGAGGGAGAGAGAUUUGAGAGAAGAUCCUAGUCUCCUAGAGAGAGAAUCUCAAAAUUAUAGAGUCAUACGUAUGAUGAUGGUGUUUAGACUGUAAAAAAAGACUGCAAAGAAAUCCCCCCGAAAAUGAUCACAAUAUUUCACUCAAAGUCUGCCCAGAUUUUAUCCCAUUUUCAUGUUUACUAUCUCUAUCUUCUUUUCUCUCUCCUCAUUUUCUUUCGUCAAAACUACAUUAAUUGCUAGCUUUGGAAGAUUUAUCGUUUUGUAAUCCAAUCCUACUACUACUAGUAACUUUUUAAAACAUAAAUAAAUAAAUAAAUAGAGGUGUUACGACGUUAUUUAUUGUUAGAGAGAGAGCUGAGAAAGAAAAUUGAAAGAGUAGAGAGAGAAGAUGAAUAACAGUGAAGAUCAAGGUUCUUCAUCUUCUUCAUGUUCAUCUUAUUAUGAAGAUCAACCUCAUGUACUUGCUGUUGAUGAUAAUGUCGUUGACCGCAAACUCAUUGAAAAGUUGCUCAAAACUUCCUCUUGUAAAGUAACCACGGCUGAAAAUGCAAUGACUGCAUUGGAGUACUUAGGAAUUGGAGAAGAUCAACAUAACACCCCCAAGGCCUUGAAGGUUAAUUUGGUACUCACAGAUUACUGCAUGCCUGGUAUGACUGGUUAUGAUCUGCUAAAGAAGAUUAAGGAGUCCUCGCAGAUGAGGGAAGUGCCUGUUGUUAUAAUGUCAUCUGAAAAUGUCCCAACAAGAAUCAACAAGUGCUUGGAAGAGGGUGCGCAUAUGUUCAUGUUGAAGCCACUUAAACUAUCAGAUAUCAAGAAAUUAAGGUGCCAAGUUAUGAAGCGCAGACACUAAAUUAAGCAAAUCAGAUGGGAUUAACACUAAAUUAAGCACAUCAGAUGUUUUGACCACAUAAUACAAGUUGUUGAUACGAAUUAAAGGAGCUGAUCGACCGAGGGUAUAGUAGAGUAAGCAUGGAUGACAUACAAGGAAGUUAAUUAAUUACCAUGUUGCAAAUUUUGUUAUGGGGUUUUGCUUUCGAAAAUGACGACCCUAAUAUUACUUCGUACUAUUGUGUUACAACUUACAACUAGUCGAGUAUCUCAUUUCCCUUGGUCGAUUUUAUUACGUUUUCUCUUGUGGUUGUACUCUGUAAUUUUUUUAAAAGGUUUGAGAUAAUUUUUAGGAAUGGUGCUUAACUUGACUUAUCUUAAAAAAAAUAUUAGAGUUUCGAACUCACUCGCUAAAUAUAUCGAUAUU